AUGCCUGAUCUCAACUCGGUACCCGCGUCGCCACACGCGCUGACGAGCUCCCGAAGACCGUCAUCAAACCAGUUGCCCGCUCACAACCUUGACAUUCUCCCCUCGAACCAGACGACCGUCAACCAGCCUCGCCGCGCUUCCAAUGCCUCGCUCCCAUCACCGCACCUUCCCCCAGGCCAACCACAACCGACGACGGCCAAUAUUUCAGCUCCAUCCGACAUUGGUGUCGUGUCGGGACCUGGACCCAUUCGUCACCCGCGGCCAUUGACAGCCGCUGAUCUGCACAUUCAGCUCGAAAAAGAGCAAGAGGCCGUCGUCAAUCGGUUGACGCGCGAAUUGCAACUACUCCGAGCCGCCCACAAUGCCUCGACCGUCUCGAACGCGUCGUCGACGUCCACAGGCAACACCGCCACCGAACAACCCACACCCCCCGUCGACGCAGGUCUCCUCUCCGGCGCCGGCUUCUCGACAGCCGGCCGCCGCCACAAUCGAACCUCGUCAAGUACGAGCGCCCGCAGCCUCAUGGCGACCAUGGGCUCCGCCAACGCCUCGACAACCUCGAUUCCCAUGCGGUCGGCCCCCAAUGCCUCGCUCUCGCGCCAGAACAGCUCGGCCUCCCACCCAAGCCUUGCCGGCACCUCGCCGGCGGCAGCCGACCUCAUCGCAGGCCCGGGCUACUUUCCCUCCUCGCAGCGCGUCCCGUCGCAGGUCGCCACGAGCGCAGGCACCCUCGCGACCCCUGCUGGUCAGGAGCAGCAGCAGCAGCCGCUGUCGCCGAGCCACGUCCCGGGCACCGUGCGCUACGAAGAGACGCUGCUGCACCGCGAGCAGCUCGAGACGGCGCUGCAGGAGAACGAAGCGCUGAAACGCCGCAUCCGCGAGCUCGAGCGCCUGGUGCGCGAGCGGCGCCGCAGCGAGAGCGUCAGCACCACGGGGGGCCCCGCGCCGCAGCGGCCCGGCGGCGACAGGGAGCGGAGCAUGACAGCUGCGUCGAUGGGCGCGCAGAGCAUCGCCGGCAGCGUCGGUGUCGGCGUGCCCGAGGAGGAGGUCAAGGUGGGCGAGAGCGCGUCGAAUGCGGGGCUGGCUCAGGGCGUGUGA